UAAGUCAGAGCUGGAGCUCUGAGUCAGUCGCACGAUGAGAGCAGCGGCGCUUGCAUUGUUCUAUCUGGUUCUGGUUCUGGGUGUGCUGUGUGGUCCCGGGGCACUGGCCAAGCGGUAUCUCCGCUGUGAGCUGGCCCGCAAGCUGCUCGACCAGCACGGGUUCGAGCGUAGCCUCCUGUCCAACUGGAUCUGUCUGCUGGAGCACGAGAGCGAACUGGAGACGACUCGUACCACCACGAACCCCAAUGGAUCCCGAAGCCUGGGCCUGUUCCAGAUCAACAGUCGAUACUGCCAGGAGGGCAGACGCGGUGGCAUCUGCAACGUCAAGUGCGAAGAGCUGCUCGAUGAGAGCCUGCGCGAGGCGGCCGUCUGUGCCAGGAGGAUUCAGACUACGGACGGGUUUCGUCACUGGAAUGGCUGGCAGCGCUACUGCCGCAACACCCAGAACCUGCCCAAUCUGAAGGUCAUCUGUGGCAUCUAGGAAAUGGCC